GCGGCGGCGGCGGCGGAGGUGGUGGUGGUGGUGGUAGUGUUGGCGGCAGUGGCGGUGGCAGCAGUGGCGGUGGCGGCGGUGGCCGGCAGCAGGGAGGCAGGCCCAGCUGGGGACCCAGAGCCGGCGGCUGCGCCUCGCAGGGGACCAGGAGUCCGUGGCCAGGCCCUCCCACUGAGGCCCUGCACCGGGCGCCCCCGGGACACCCCACCCUCCUCUGCCUUCCUCUUCCACCUGCUCCUCUCCAUCCUUCCCUCCCUCCUCCUCUCCCUCCUCCCCAUCUCUCCAUCUCGCCGCCUGCCCCCUUCUCGGCUCUCCGGGUCUCCCAACACCCCGUCCUCCCCAGCCCCUCCACCCCUCGGCUUCUCUCCGCCCCUAGCAUGCUUUUCCCGUGGGGGCUGAGGGCUUGAGGACUCCAGGCCCUUGCCUCAUCCAGGGCAGGGCCAAGGCUCCAGGGGGGAGGGGGGAAGGGGUGGCCCCCUCCCCCCAAUCAAGCCCUCCCCUCCCCCACUCCUCCUGAUGGCCGGCUUCCUUGUCUCCAGCCAGUCCUCGCCCCCCGUGGCCCCCCCAGGCCGGCCCGGCUAGGGGAGGGGGCGGGGGCCCUUUCCUGGGCCGGCUUCCCCCUCCCCCGGCUUUGCCUGUGCCCCCCUCCCUUCCGUUUUCACCUUCCUCUCCUCCUUUCCUCCCUCCUUCCCCUCCAUUUGCUCCUUCUCCCUCUUCUCUCUCCCCUUCUCUCCUCCAUUUUCUCCUUUCCCCUUCCUCCCUUCCCUGGCCCGCCCUCUCCUCUUCCACCUGUCCUUCCUCCCCGCUCCGGGGAGCCCCCGUUUUGGAUUAGUUGGGGGCCACUGCCGGAGGCGGGGGAGGGGGCCCCGUGGACUGCCCUCUCCCCCCCGCCCCCGGCCACACCACCACCCAGCGCCAGAGCAUCUCCCCGUUGUCUUUCUCGGGCCUCGAGGGAGCCCAGCCCUCCGUCCCACCAGGAUCCGUGGCGAGUGGGGGCCGCGGCAGCUGCGUCCCCAUGAGGAGGGGAGGAAGAUGCCGGCUGAGCUGCUGCUGCUGCUGAUUGUUGCCUUCGCCAGCCCCAGCUGCCAGGUGCUCUCAUCACUGCGCAUGGCUGCGAUCCUGGACGACCAGACAGUGUGUGGCCGCGGCGAACGUCUGGCCCUGGCUCUGGCCCGGGAGCAGAUCAACGGGAUCAUCGAAGUCCCGGCCAAGGCCCGGGUGGAAGUAGACAUCUUUGAGCUUCAGCGGGACAGCCAGUACGAGACCACGGACACCAUGUGUCAGAUCCUGCCCAAGGGGGUCGUGUCCGUCCUGGGGCCCUCGUCCAGCCCCGCGUCUGCCUCCACCGUGAGCCAUAUCUGUGGAGAGAAGGAGAUCCCCCACAUCAAGGUGGGUCCCGAGGAGACACCCCGCCUGCAGUACCUGCGCUUCGCGUCCGUCAGCCUGUACCCCAGUAACGAGGACGUCAGCCUGGCCGUCUCCCGAAUCCUCAAGUCCUUCAACUACCCCUCGGCCAGCCUCAUCUGCGCCAAGGCCGAGUGCCUCUUGCGGUUGGAGGAGCUAGUGCGUGGCUUCCUCAUCUCCAAGGAGACGCUGUCAGUGAGGAUGCUGGAUGACAGCCGGGACCCCACGCCGCUGCUCAAGGAGAUCCGCGAUGACAAGGUGUCCACCAUCAUCAUUGAUGCCAAUGCGUCCAUCUCCCACCUCAUCCUCCGUAAAGCUUCAGAGCUGGGAAUGACCUCAGCGUUUUACAAAUACAUCCUCACCACCAUGGACUUCCCCAUCCUGCACCUGGACGGGAUCGUGGAGGACACCUCCAACAUCCUGGGCUUCUCCAUGUUUAACACCUCACAUCCCUUCUACCCCGAGUUUGUGCGCAGCCUCAACAUGUCCUGGAGGGAGAACUGUGAAGCCAGCACCUAUCCAGGUCCCGCGCUGUCGGCGGCCCUGAUGUUUGACGCCGUGCACGUGGUGGUGAGUGCCGUCCGGGAGCUGAACCGCAGCCAAGAGAUCGGUGUGAAGCCGCUGGCCUGUACGUCGGCCAAUAUUUGGCCCCAUGGGACCAGCCUCAUGAACUACCUGCGCAUGGUAGAGUAUGACGGGCUGACCGGGCGGGUCGAGUUCAACAGCAAAGGGCAGAGGACCAACUACACCCUGCGCAUCCUGGAGAAGUCCCGGCAAGGCCACCGUGAGAUCGGGGUAUGGUACUCUAACCGGACCCUGGCCAUGAACGCCACCACCCUGGACAUCAACCUGUCGCAGACACUGGCCAACAAGACACUGGUGGUCACGACCAUUCUGGAGAACCCGUACGUCAUGCGGCGGCCAAACUUCCAGGCCCUGUCCGGGAACGAGCGCUUCGAGGGCUUCUGCGUGGACAUGCUGCGGGAGCUGGCUGAGCUGCUGCGCUUCCGCUACCGCCUACGGCUGGUGGAAGACGGGCUGUACGGGGCGCCCGAGCCCAACGGCUCCUGGACGGGCAUGGUCGGCGAGCUCAUCAACCGGAUGAGCAAACUGAGGCCCCGAGACGUGGAAGCCCCUGCCCGAGGUCACCCAGCGAACUCAGGGCAGAGCCGGGGCUCCCCAUUCCCGCACCGGGCCCUUCCCAGUGCCCUGCCUUGCCUGCUCCGUCAUAAGGCAGACCUGGCUGUGGCCGCGUUCACCAUCACAGCCGAGCGGGAGAAGGUCAUCGACUUCUCCAAACCCUUCAUGACCCUGGGGAUCAGCAUCCUCUACCGCGUGCACAUGGGCCGCAAGCCUGGCUACUUCUCCUUCCUGGACCCCUUCUCCCCUGCCGUGUGGCUCUUCAUGCUUCUCGCCUACCUGGCUGUCAGCUGCGUCCUGUUCCUGGCCGCCAGGCUGAGCCCCUACGAGUGGUAUAACCCACACCCGUGCCUGCGGGCACGCCCCCACAUCCUGGAGAACCAGUACACGUUGGGCAACAGCCUCUGGUUCCCUGUAGGGGGCUUCAUGCAACAAGGCUCGGAGAUCAUGCCCCGGGCGCUGUCCACACGCUGCGUCAGCGGAGUCUGGUGGGCCUUCACCUUGAUCAUCAUCUCUUCCUACACGGCCAACCUGGCUGCCUUCCUCACCGUGCAGCGCAUGGAGGUGCCCGUGGAGUCAGCUGAUGACCUGGCAGACCAGACCAACAUUGAGUAUGGCACCAUCCAUGCUGGCUCCACCAUGACCUUCUUUCAGAACUCACGGUACCAGACGUACCAGCGUAUGUGGAACUACAUGCAGUCGAAGCAGCCCAGUGUGUUUGUCAAGAGCACGGAAGAAGGCAUCGCGCGUGUUCUCAACUCCCGCUACGCCUUCCUGCUCGAGUCCACCAUGAACGAGUACCACCGGCGUCUCAACUGCAACCUCACCCAGAUCGGGGGCCUCCUCGACACCAAGGGCUACGGCAUCGGCAUGCCACUGGGCUCCCCGUUCCGGGAUGAGAUCACCCUGGCCAUCCUGCAGCUUCAGGAGAACAACCGGCUGGAGAUCCUGAAGCGCAAGUGGUGGGAGGGGGGCCGGUGCCCCAAGGAGGAGGAUCAUCGAGCUAAAGGUCUGGGCAUGGAGAACAUUGGUGGCAUUUUUGUCGUGCUCAUCUGUGGCCUCAUCAUUGCCGUCUUCGUGGCGGUCAUGGAAUUCAUAUGGUCCACACGGAGGUCGGCAGAGUCCGAAGAGGUGUCGGUGUGCCAGGAGAUGCUGCAGGAGCUGCGGCACGCGGUGUCCUGCCGCAAGACGUCGCGUUCCCGCCGGCGCCGGCGCCCCGGCGGCGCGAGCCGGGCCCUGCUGUCGCUGCGCGCGGUCCGCGAGAUGCGCCUCAGCAACGGCAAGCUCUACUCGGCCGGCGCGGGCGGGGAUGGGGGCGGCGCGCACGGGGGCCCCCAGCGCCUCCUGGACGACCCGGGGCCGCCUGGCGGGGCCCGGCCCCCCGCCCCCACGCCCUGCACCCACGUGCGCGUCUGCCAGGAGUGUCGGCGCAUCCAGGCGCUGCGGGCGUCCGGGGCCGGCGCGCCCCCGCGUGGCCUAGGCGCCCCCGCCGAAGCCACCAGCCCGCCCCGGCCGCGGCCAGGCCCCGCAGGCCCCCGCGAGCUGGCCGAACACGAGUGACCACGGGCGGAGCCGGGCUGGCGGCGGGACUGACCGCAGGGACGGAGCCCGGGCCGCCCCCGCUUCCCCAGCGGGCGAGGGUCGGGACUUGUGCCCCGGUGCUCCGGACGCCGCGAUUUUGCCUUCGGCUCACGGUGUCGUCCGAGGCCCGGCUCCGGAGCCUUCCUGCGCCCCCUAGUGGACUUGCCAGAGGGUGCCGCGGACCCCGCACUGCGCGCCGCCCCCCUACUGCGGACAGGAGGAGCGCAGGAAUCGAGGACUCCGGGGGCCGGGGACUGCGGGGCCGUUCCGGAAGCGGAAAGCAGUCCGCGAGGAGAGCCCCAUCCUGGGACUGCUCAGGCUCCCCAAGACUUGACACAGCCCUCCCCACUUCUGGAGAACGGGAGGGCCUCUGGGCAUAUGGGUGUCCCCUGGCGCCCCUCAACUCUUCUCUUUCUCUCUUUUUUUUGGGGAGAAACCUCGGAAUUUCUAUGAGACACCCCCCAGGGAGGAGGUCAGUUGGGCCCCCGUCCCUCCCCCUGCCACACCCCGGUCCCUGUUGGAAUAAAAAAAGAACAAAACCCCAAAAACUGGGGAUACCUGGGUCUCAUUUCCUGGAGGUAUGAGGGCAUUAAAGGCUCGGGCUCCCCAGGGAGUCUGCUGAGAACCACA